AUGGUGGAUAUCUCCGGCAAAACGGUAACCGCAAGGCGAGCGGUGGCUACCGCCGUGAUUCACAUGCAGCCGGAAACCCUGCGGGCAAUAGAAUCUGAUGCCUUAAAAAAGGGCGAGGUUCUGGCUGUUGCCAGAGUGGCCGGUAUUCAAGGGGCCAAACGUUGUGCAGACCUGAUUCCCUUGUGUCAUCCGCUGCCGCUGACAAAAGUGCAGAUUGAUUUUACGCGCCUCACCGACACACAACUGCACAUCGAGGCUCAAUGUACAGUGGAGGGCAAAACAGGUGUCGAAAUGGAGGCAUUGACCGCCGCCAGCAUUGCCGCGCUGACCGUUUAUGACAUGUGCAAAGCCAUCGACAAAACCAUGAUGAUUUCGGACCUGUGCGUGCUGGAAAAACAGGGUGGCAAAAGCGGAAUCGGUGAACUGACCCUGAAGGCGGGGAACCUGGCGGAACUCUUUGCGCAGAUCGAAAUUCAGCUUGGCAAUCAGGACCUUAUCGACAAUGAGACCACGCUCAGCGAAGGCAUGCAGCGUUCUGUGAUCAUUCAAACCGAAGACUUCGAUGCCUCCGGCUUGGUGCAAGCCAUGCGGGCGCAACAUGGCGCUCAAAUCGGCGCGCUGGUGACAUUUACCGGCCUGGUCCGGGAGCAGAACCUGGUUACCGGCGACAAUUCAGCGGUUGCCACGUUAACCCUUGAGCACUAUCCGGGUAUGACUGAGCGCAGUAUUCACAAAAUCAUUGAUCAGGCCGAGACGCGCUGGCCCUUGCUGGAUGUCUGCGUGGUGCAUCGCGUUGGCACGCUUGCACCCACUGAACAGAUCGUUUUUGUAGCCGUGGCCCGAAUUUGUUAUGGAUUAUCUUAA